ACAGCCAGCUGGGACAUUUGCAUACGGAGUGAAGGAGGGAGAGAAAGAGGGAAGGGGGAGGUUGCACCAGACACUCCCACUGGCUAUAAAGCCCAACCAUACUGAAACGCUCAGACAGAAACCACACGUGGAUCUGAGCACUGGGAGAGAGGGAGAGAGAGCAGGAGGGAGGGUAAGAGAAAGCGCGAGGGACAGAUGUGGAACUGAGUUGAGGGAGACAGACGAUCUGAGAGGAGAGAGCAAGAGAGAAAUAAAGACCAACCAUAUCCUAAGAGGACCUGAGAAAGACACAGUGGAACCUGCCAUUCAGCCAUUUGGUUUCGUUUUUCCCACCAAAGGAAAAGUCCAAACUCUACAUGGGACUUUAAUGACAGAGGAGCCUGUGAUACUGGACUGUAGUGCACUGGCAGCUAAGGACUUAGAAAAGUAUACUGAGGUAAAACUGUGUUAUUUAACUAUCCAUGCAUGUGUGAGCAGCAGUGGGGAGUCCAGGUGUCACAGUAGUAAACAAAGCCCAGAGCAGAGUUAGCUAAUUGGUGGAACAGCAGAGCACGGUAACGUUGACGAUGUCCUUCGCCAUGGUGCGGCCGGCGCCCAACCGGUACCUGUACUCCGACAUCUCCAUGCUGUCCGAGGACGAAGAGAACGGCAACGAGAGCUCGGGCUCCGACGAACGCUCCUUCCGGCUGGACGCCAGAGGUUAUGACAUAAAGGUCGGGGGGCGCAAAAGGAAGCCUGGAAGCGUCGGAGGGGGCCGUCUGGGGGGGGGCCAGCUCCCGCCCCAGAUGUCACACCUCCAGGUCUCAGACGGAUCCAUCUCUCCGACGAGCGGGCUGCCACGGCAACGCAACGCAGCUAACGCUCGGGAGCGGGACCGCACCAACAGUGUGAACACAGCCUUCACCGCCCUGAGGACCCUUAUCCCCACUGAACCGGCCGACAGGAAGCUGUCCAAGAUCGAGACACUGCGGCUGGCGUCCAGCUACAUCUCCCACCUGGGCAAUGUGCUGCUGGUUGGGGAGAUGUGUGGGGAUGGGCAGCCCUGCCACGGUGGAGCAACCUCCUCUGCUCACUACCUAAAUCACCAUGGAUCGCCAGGCCGCGACGCAGAGAACUCCCAGCCCAAACAGAUCUGCACCUUCUGCCUCAGCAACCAGAGGAAAAUGAGCAAAGACAGGCAAAAAAAUGCUCUAAGAAGUUAAUAUCUGGAGGACGACAGAAUAUGGACCAGAACUGUGGACAAAGAACUUGACACACUUAAGGUGUACAUAAAUAUCAAAAAUCGGUAUUUAAUUAUAUGCCCCCCAAAAAACAGAAACAAAUUAUAAUUCAGGACUGCUAAGUUUAGUUUCUGAAGAGGUAAUCAUGUUUGAUUGAAAGAGACGGUGGGACUUCUUGGACGGUGGAAGCAUGCCCUGACUCAAAGUACGAAGAAUAAUUUUUCCUCAAAAAAAAAAUAAGUUCUACACUUCUGAUUCCAUGACCUCACAAAGACUUGAAGAGAACAAAAAGAGGUCUUAUUUUUUCUUUACCUGAGAACAUCUGCAUACGCAGACUGAUAAUGCUGAAACUUUAGAACCACAACAGCCUCUGCAUGAGACGGACUCUGAGAAGCGCCAGUUACUUAGAGGUGUGGUAAGGAGGGACUUCAAGGACAAGGGCAGGCCAAACAGGAACUGAUGAUUGGCUAUCAGGUUACUUUCUGAAAAAUGACCAAACUGUUCCAACAAGCCAAAUAUAUAACAGCUGUAACUUGUGGACAGUGAGUUUCUACACCCAUGGACAACUGCCUUUCUCCUGAAGAAGAUAGGACAACAUGCAGCGGCUUGAUGCUAUUUCAUAUGCUGUUCAAUGAUGUUUGUUCAAAUUCAUGUUAAUAAAUAAAUAUGCUUGUGAAUUAA